CUUUAUCAAAUGAUUGGCCUAGAAAAUCUGGUGAUCUUAUAGUAUUCAAAAAACCAAAUAUUCCCUCUGGAAUUUUUGAAAUAAUAUUAAAUGGAGUAAUAGAAUUGGAUCAACUCGAUGGUGCUGAUUUAUUACGAUUAAUGCUGGCCAGUGAUGAAUUACAACUUCCAAUUUUAAUCACUCAUGCUCAGGAUCAUUUAAUCAAAACUCAAGCUGAAUGGAUAAAUCAAACUUUAGUACCAAUUCUUCAUAUAGUAUGUCAUCAUGGUACAUUUGGAAAACUUCGUGAUUAUACUUUAAAAACU